GGUAGAGUAGACGGAGUACAUAGCAAUAUUGGUUGUAACAUAGUUUUAUUAGAGUGUAUACUAGAGUGGACUUUGUUGGCUCAUGAUGCUGCACAGGAACUCCUAAACGAUAAAGAAUACCUAUCAUGUAUUCCUCCAACCAUUGAUUAUCCUCCGGAUGCUAGUACUUCGACACGUUCUACGCGAAAUGGGGGUCUCUGGCCAUCAAGAAUAAUGCUCUGGAAUGGAUUUCUUGAAGAAGUAUAA